AUGAGAGGAUGGAGAAAUAAAAAAGAAGAACUAAUAAAGCGAGUAUGGGAUUAUGAUAUAUUGAUAUUGACGGAGUUAAAGAUUAAAACAAGAGAAAGUAUAAGGAUAACUGGUUAUGACUCAGCAGUAUAUAUAGAAAAUAGGCAGCUAGGGAGUGCAGCAGGAGGAGUAGCUAUAUUAAUAAGACAGGAAAUAAAAGAAAAGGAGGAAAUAGAAAUAGAUACACAUUCUAAUAACAUUGAAGCAGUGGCGGUCAAGAUAAAGCUAAAGGAGGAAAAAGAAGAAAUAGGAAUCAUAGGGAUAUAUAGAAGGCCUGGAGCUACUGAAAACAAAGAUGUGUGGACCAAAAUCGUCCAACAAAUGAAGAAGGUAAAGUCACUCAUUGUUGCAGGAGACUUUAAUGCGCAUCAUAGAGCAUGGAACUGCAAGAAUACGGAUAGAAAUGGAGAGAUCCUAUUAGAAGAAAUGGAAGAAAGGGAACUGUUCACAGUAAAUAAUGAUACAGUGUCAAGAAUUGGAGAAGGAGGAGUGAAUGAUUCAAACUUAGAUAUUAUGUUCGCAACUAAAGAAGUAUAUGAAAAGAUGACCUACAACAUAGAAGAGGAUUCGUGGGCGUCGGAUCACUACCCAAUAGUGUUUGAAUUAGGAUGGAAAAAAGAUAUUUAUAAAAAAAGAACAAACAGAAUAUCUAAGAGUAAAACUAAGUGGAAAAAGUAUAUUGAGUAUAUGAAAGAGGAAGAAAGGAUACUAGAAGAAACAGAAUAUAGACAGAAGAAUGAGCAAGAUAAAUAUACAACGGUUACAGAAAAAAUGAAAGAAGCAAUAAUAAUGGCAACCAGUAAUAUAAAGUACGUAUGGAACAAAAUGAAAAUUAUGAAGAAUGCGUUUCACAAAAUGGAAUGGAAUAAAUGGCAAAACAAGAAAAGAGAAGAAACAAUAAGAAAAGAAAUAGAAAAGAUUGCAGUGGAUUGGGUGGAGAGAAAAAAAGAAGAGCUAAGAGAGAUGGAAGAAGACGAGGACGUAAUGAAUUUACCAUUUAGAGAGGAGGAAAUGAUGAGAGCAAUUAACACUGUGAGAGAAAAAUCAGCACCCGGAAAGGACCAAAUAGAGUACAAAAUGAUUAAAUUAUUGACUAAUAGAUUUAAAGAAGAAGUACUGAAGUUAUUUAACUAUUGCUACGAAAACAGUGUUAUGUUUAAGGAAUGGAAAGAGCAACAGACCAUAUUUAUAGAUAAAGCCAAUAAAGAAAAGGUACGACCAAUAACGUUAUCAUCAUGUAUGGGAAAAAUUCUUGAGAGAAUGAUAAACGAAAGACUAAUAUGA